AUGGCACCUGGCCAAAGCCGCAGUGUCUUCGUGGGCAACAUCCCCUUCAAUCUCAGCGAAGAGAACAUAGUCAAGAUCCUCAGCUAUGCCGGUACCGUGGUCAAAUUUCGACUCAUGACAAACCCAGACACGGGCAAAUCUAAGGGAUUUGGUUUCGCCGACUUUCAAGACGCAGACUCCGCCGCUAACGCUGUGAGAAACUUGAAUGAUUUCGAGAUCGAUGGGCGCAAGAUCCGAGUAGAUUGGCCUCACAAUAACGAGAAGGAUUCUGUUCCGACAAAUUACGAUCAGACAGCCGCGCCAGUACCGGAUGGAUUUCAGAACCCUGCCGCAAAUGCCCUACCUCCUCUCCCUGCAGGCGUCGACCUGCCCCCCAACCUCCGAGCGACAGAUGCCAUCUCGCAGACACUGUCUACGUUGCCGCCUCCACAACUUCUCGAUGUUCUCACACAGAUGAAAGCAUUAGCAAUAUCAGAUCCUGCAAGAGCAACAUCUCUGCUCAAGACCGCUCCACAACUGUCAUUUGCCAUAUUUCAAGCCUUGAUCCUGAUGAACCUGGUUGAUCCCAAAGUCCUAGCACAGGUGGUUGAGCAGGCCAGCAGACCUCCCCAAGCAGCGCCCGUUCCUCCUCCACAGCCCACACCACAGCAAUAUCCAGUCGCUCCUACACCCAUGUUAACGGGCCAAAUGCCUCCUAGACCAGCUCAGCAAUAUCAACCACCUCCAGUACAGCAAGCCCCGCCGCCACAAGCCCAGUCUCAACUGUCGCAGCAAGAAAUGAUCCAGCAGAUCUUGUCUAUGGAUCAACGGACGAUAGAUUCGUUCUCGCCUAAUGAGCGAGCUCAAAUCAUGCAGAUUCGGGCGCAAAUGGGAAUCAGAUAA